ACAGAAACAGAAUAACGUGGAAGGUCCAAACAGUCGUGAUACAUGUUACCCCAUGAUGUCUUUAAGAAAUCCUGUCGCUUUUAACAUGGAGCCAGUGUCUGAAUAGCUACUGCCCGUUGGACGUUUGUCCAUUAAUCACAUUUAGCAUCGGCACACUGGCUAGCAUCUGUGUAACGUUACCGCUCAGAAGGUAGAAUUCAUACACUACCAAUUUCACCAAGUGAUUAAAGGCAGCUGUUUUACCUGAGUCUGACUGCUCUGCCGAUGAUGGAUGACUUGGAUAGAGAGCUGGGGCCUCGUGUAGAUUUAGAGGAUGACAGCAACUCUUCAGACACCAACUCUGCAAAAGGACAUAAAAAAUCCAAGCUCCCUCUGGCUAAUCCCAUGUGUGAAGAGACACCGGAUGAAUCUGGGUUUCACCAAAGUACCAGGAUCUGUUUGGAGCAGAUCAGAGAAGCCAUGCUACAUCAUAGAUGGCAAGAGGCAGCAGAAUAUAUGGCAUGUUACCCCCAAAUGUUAGAAGAUCCAAAUCAAGGCUCCAGACCGCAGUAUAAAGAGCUUAUUAUGAGACUCAGCACUGAGAUCCUUCAUCAUCACCCCAACUCAAAGCUGGAAGACUACAACAACAUCUAUGAACGAAUGAAACAUUCAGGAUUUAAGCAUUACCUGAUGGUCAGUCUGGAACAUUCCUUCCACCUGCUGCUCCAUGGUCACAUUGAAGAUGCAAAGCAUCAAUUGUCUGUUGCUGAAAGUUGGAGGUAUGGAAAGGAGUCAGCAACUCAGUGUCAGAAGACUAAACUGAUCCAGGCCUACAGGAGCUUGCUGGAUUAUAUCAUCUGGUGUGACAAAAAGUUCACACUCUCUAAGACUGACCACCCCGACUUCAGUGACAACCAAGAGAUGCGUAACUACUUCAGACAGGCCUCUGUGAAUCUUAAGGAGAUUUUGAAAAAUCCUGGUGUCUGGGACCCCUUCAUACUGAGUUACGUUGAGAUGCUGGAGUUCUAUGAGGAUCACAGGGAGGCUUUGAACGUCCUGAAUGACUACGCCUAUGACAACAGUUUUCCACCCAAUCCCAAUGCGCAUGUCUAUCUGUACCAGUACCUAAAGCGGCACGACACUUCGCAGAGGAAACUGAUGAAAGUGUUGAAGAUCCUCCAUGUUUUAGUCCCAAGCCACGAGUUGAUGUUGGAGUACAGCUUUCUCCUGCUUCAGUCAGAGAAAACAAGUGAUCACCAAAAAGCUUUAGGAGUCGUUCUAGAAAUGUUGGACUUCGCCUGCUGGAGGAGCAACAUGGACGCGUGGAAACGUUUAAAGGCCAUUAUUCAGAAACUGCAGUUACAAGAAGACUGGAAAACGGUUGUCCAUGAAAAAAUGGCUGGAAGAACAGACUUUUGGCCUGCGCUGCACUUCACAAGCUUCCACGCCAUUAAAGACUCCGAGGAGAACCCAGAGCUGAUGGAGGUGAAAGCGUCACUGGCAAAAGUCCUCUGCCCUGACCUGAUUCUUAAGUACACUGCUGGAGGGGUAACCAGUGCAGAGAGGACUUGAGAGAAUAUUAAAUUGUGCCUUCACGAUUCACAAUCAAGAACUGGGCUGAGAUGCUGCCGGUAAAGGACUGGAAAACCCCGGCAAAGGCGUCUUGAUGAAGAGCAGGAAUCUUCACAAGUGCUCUUCUUACAUGAAGUUUAUGUCAGCAGGAUUUUUUUCUUUUUCUUAUUGGGUGAUAAAAUAUUCUUAACCUGAGCUUCACCUUUUUUAAACAUUGUUCCCUCGUUUGAAGAUAAUUGUGCCAUUAGCUUUAUUGUGAAGGCACAAGCUACGCCGUCCACUGUGUGGAGCUCUUGUUCUGUAUAUUUGCACUGAGUAUCUGGAGGGUAUGACCACCUCAUUUUGACAGAAACUGAGUGUGGCUCUGAAUCAGUGUUCAUGGUGCUUUCAUGCUUUCUGUAAACAUUUUAAUGAGAGCAGAGUCUCAGUCUACCCUCAGCCGACCUUUGACCGCCGCAUGGAGGGCUUUUAAGGUCAUUAGUGAGUGUACAUCACACACACACACAGCCUGAGGGAUUUUCUCUCUGUCAGCUCUAUUGUCAUGUCAGAACAGUCUACACAGACCUUUCAGCAACAUGAUGUGCAGAGGUUUAAGUCAGUGGGACCGACAAUUGACAGGUGGUGACUGCUAAUAGCUUUAAAAUAAAUGUGGGAGCUUCCUUCUGUUAAAGAUAAUAACUGACUUGUGAUCAGCUUGACUAUGUGCUAGUAUAUUACACAGAAACAGUAUA